GCAAUAUUUGAAAAUCUAAAUCAUCUGUGAAAUUGCAAAUUAACUGUCCACACGUGCGCCACAAGAAUUGCGUGGCAUCUGGAGAGGGGAGAAUAAACCGAUUUUGUGGCUGAAAAAACAGGCGGCGGCGUCAACACGCGGAAGGAAGGAAGGAGCCGGGAGCUGGUAUAUGUGCAUAACGUCUGGGGAUAAAUAAUAAAGAGCAAUGGACGUGUACGACGUGAGCGACGACCUGGUCAAGAAGCUCAACGACUGGAAGCUGAUUGGCAUAAUUUCGGGAAAGUUUAACGAGUUGAAGGAGAACUACUCAAAAGUGAACUUUGUCGAGCACGCUCUGAUCGACUUCAAGUACAUGGAGAAGAUCUUCCUGAACGUGACCCUGCGAGAGGACAAGUGCAACAAGAGGAGUGUCGAAUUCCGCAUGCUUGGAAACGAGCAGUUCUCCCUAAAGAACAGGAAAUACUUUCAGGCCUUGGAGUUGUACAACAAAAGCAUUUGCUUUGCCGAACCCAACUCAGAGCAUCUCUCCAUAGGCUAUGCCAAUCGGUCGGCUGUUCUUUUCGAAUGGAAGCGCUAUAGGGACUGCCUGGCCAAUAUUGAGCUGGCCCGGAAGGCGAAUUACCCGGCGAGACUAAGCCACAAGUUGGACAAGCGAGAACGUGACUGCCAGCAGCUUUUAGAGCAGCAGCCCCCCGAUGUGGUUCCUCACGAGUUCAAGCUGAGCUUCGAUUCCCAUGCCCAAGUCCCGUACAUUGCCGACUGCCUGGAGCUGAGGGAAUCGCCCGACGAAGGGCGCUUCGUUGUGACCAACCGGGAUCUGGUGGUUGGCGAUCUGGUUGCUGUCGAGCAGCCGUUCUGCUCGACUCUGUUGCCCCCGAUGCGGUAUAUUCGGUGUGCCACCUGCAAGCGGGAGAACUACCUGACCCUCAUUCCCUGCGAUAGCUGUUGCUCCGUCAUGUUUUGCUCCGAGGAGUGCAAGCUUCGGGCCACAUCCAGUUUUCAUCGCUUCGAGUGUCCAAUCAUCGAUUUCUUGCACCGCAUGUUCAACAAGAUCCACGGCAUCGCCCUGCGGACCACCAUGGCUGCCUUGGACCUGUAUCCCAGUAUCGAGGAGCUGAUGGCUUUCUGUGAGCAGCCGCAGAACCAGCACAAGUGCGCCUUCGACUUGGAUUACAGCCAACUGUCUGCCCAGGAGCAUUACCGGGCUAUCCACGGACUUGUCACUAACCAGCAUCUGCGAUCCGUCUCUGAUCUCUUCCAGCGCUCGGUUGUCUGUGCCGUGCUGAAGCACUUCAUCAUCGAGUAUACGCCGCUCAAGGACUUUCUGGGCGGCGAGGAUGGGAGGAACUUCUUUACGGACCUACUCUUCAGGCAUCUGCAAACAUCACCCUCGAAUAUGCAUGGCAUCGAUCUUGUGGAACAGGUGAACGAGACCAAGGACGAUCAAACGCACUCGUCGGGUGCCUACGCCUUCCUUUCGCUGCUGAAUCACUCUUGUGCGCCCAACACCCUCCGAAUUUACGAAGGAACCAAGGCAUACCUGUUCGUCCUUAGGCCUAUCAAGGCGGGGAAUGUUCUCUACGACAACUAUGGCGCCCACUUUGCGGUCUUCAGUAAGCAGCAGCGGCUAGACACUCUCUCCAUGCAGUACAGAUUCGAUUGCAAGUGCGAGGGCUGCGAACUGGACUACCCGACCUUCGGUCGAAUGCCGCACAAGGCGACAGUUCCUUCGGUCACCGACGACACGGACAUGAAGUCGCUAGGUGCCUACAACUAUGACUUUGCGACGAGCAAUUACACAAAGUACUGUGAAUUCCUUACGCAAUACGGCGCCGCCUAUCCCUGCGAGCAGAUCAGCUCGGCCGAGGAGUGCCUCAAAAUGGCCCUGCAUAUCAUGGUGGAUGCAGUACCGCUCAAGGCGAAAAUGUAAUCUGACUAGACAUUAACUUAACUCCCACUUCCUCCUGUAUCCUGUGUCCUGCAUCCUGUAUCCUGUAUCCUGUAUCCUGUAUCCUGCAUCCUGCAUCCUCCUUUCGCAUCCCCCACAUACGGACGAACUCUUUCGGAGCUGAUUGAUUGAAAGAAGCGUAUUAAAAACAAAAGCAAACAAGUAA